AACAGUGUUGCUAGGGACAAACAUGGUGGAAAAGUGUGUUGCUGAAAAUACUCGUAUGAACGUUUUGGACAUUUUGUGAGUACUGAUAAAGGGUUGAGCCCUGUGUAGCGAUAAUAUUGUGUCCUUAAAUAUCUGUGUUUAUUCGAGGAAACAAAUAUGGCUGACGAGGAAGGACAAAGUGCUCCUGUAGCGCAAGAAGAAGAACAAAAACAAGACGAAAUCGUUGCAGAACCUGUGAAGGAAGGGGAGGGAGAAACACAGGAACAAAAGGUAGAAGAAACUGAAACUAAAGCAGAAGAAACACCAAAAGAAGGAGAGCCAGAAAAGGCUGAAACUGAAGCAACGACUGAGCAAGUCGGUACAACUGAGGAAACCCCUCAAAAUGUAAAUGAAAAUGCUGGAGGUGUCACAGAAGAAGGAAAAAAAGAAGAACAACAAGAAGAAAGUAAUACAGAUGCACCAACAGAACAGACAGCCCCGGAGACUACAGAAGGUGCUGGGGAGGAGGGGCAGAUACAGAAAGAGACAUCUGAAAUAGAGCAGGAAAGCAAACCUGCACCUACAGAGAAAGAAGAGGAAACGGCACAGGAAACAGUAGCAGAAGAUGGAGAGGAGAAAAUGGUGCCAGUAUUUACAACAGAUACAUCAAUGGAUGGAGAACAACAAAAACCAAGCGAAGUAAGUGAACAAGCACCCACUGAGGCUCCAAAAGAGGCCUCUACCACUGAGGCUCCCAAAGAGGCCCCCAUCACUGAAGCUCCCGAAGAGGCCCCACCCACUGAAGCUUCCAAAGAACCCACACAGACAGAAAUAUCUCAACAGCAGAGUGAAACAGCUGGUCCAACAGAGGCUACUGUGCAGAGUCCACGUACAGUGACCCGUGAAAAAACAUUAUCUCCUCCACCACCUACUGAAACUAUGGGUACAAUGAGCACACAACAGGAGCCACCUCGUGAAAGCAACUUAAUUCCAGAUGCCCCUAAAAUUCCAGUUAUUGAAAGGGAACCCUCACAGAUUGAAGGCACCAUGUCAAAUACAGCUCUGAAUGUUGUGUGGUCAUUCGGGCUGAACAGGAAUAUCCCUGUGAAGAACCUCACUGAUAACAACAGGAAACUGAUCAUGUACGCCUGCGCUCACGUUGGUGUAUUGUACGACUAUGAGGCUAACCGACAACACAUUCUACAGGGCCAUGCGAACCCAUUGACAUGUACAUGCAUUAGUGAGGACAAACGUUGGCUAGCAACUGGAGACAAGGGCAAGGACAGUAUGGUCAUCAUCUGGGACACUUACACAGGAGUACCUGUACAAACAAUUUUUGAUGAUGACCAGGAAGGUGGUGUUGUUGCCAUGGCGAUGACCCCAGAUGCUCGUUACCUAGCAACACUUAGUUCUGCAAAGAAGCAGAUACUUGCUAUCUGGGACUGGACAGUGGAUGGAGAAAACCCUAUGUGUACAGCUGAACUGAAGCCAAACUAUGGUGUCCAAAACUUCAUCAAAUUCAACGAAGAGGACAUCCAUUAUCUGGUGACGAACAGCGACUCACAAGUCGUGUUCUUCCACUGGAGUGACAAGCACAUGGAAUAUUUCGCUCCACCACUGACAGAUCAAGAUUUUAACAAACCUGUUGGCCGUUACAGUCAGUCCAUCUUCCAACGGAACAGUUCCAGAGUUUACUCCGGAACGUCCAUUGGAAAUCUUGUUGUCUGGGACAACAACAAACCGGUCACAAAAUUAAAAAGUAUGGAACUUUCCGCCAACAAAAAGGCCCUCAAAAUUAUACGACUACAGGACAGAGGAAUCAACGUCCUUCAAACAACAGAGAAGUACAUCGUGGUAGGAGACAUGGCUGGCCAUGUAAAAUUCUUCGAUGAAAGUCUGAAGCUGGUACAUUGGUAUCAAGAUUUUGAUCUAGGACCCAUCACAUCGGUCUCAUUUGCAUACAAUACAGAUUUCCAAGCAGUAGCCAAAGAAGGAACAAACUACCCACCAGAUGCCACCAUUGAGGCCAAAAAGUUUGUCAUCAAGGAUUUUGUUGUCGGUAGUAGCAUUGCAAUAGUUGGAAGUAUUACUGCUGAUGGCACCAAGGUCAAGGUGAUACAUAGAGAACAUGAUGCAGCAAUCCAUGCCCUGACAGCUCAUCCCAGACAACCCUACAUUGUGAUCGGAAGUUACUCAGGUCUUCUGAAAAUCUGGGAUUACGAAAAGAAACAAGUCAUGGUCACCAGAACUUUUGAAAGGGGAAAUCUGAUUCGUUGCUGCUCUUAUGACCCAAAAGGAGCUUAUAUUGCUGUUGGUUUUGUGAACGGUUCAGUGAGGAUAUUGGAUUCAAUCACAUUGAGUGAUGAGAUUGCCGAACCUUUCAGAUAUGCUCGAGACGCUAUCACCCACAUUGCCUUCUCCCAUGAUUCCAAGUUCCUUGCUACUGCUGAUGCCGAGUUCACGAUGACAUUAUACAGACGACAAAGAGGUGAUGGCGAUCCUUACAUGUACCUUGGCCGUUACCGUGCCCACUACAAGCCUAUCAAAGACAUCAUGUUUGGAGUUCAUCUCGAUACUGAUCAGCCUCGCCUUCUCUCCCUCGGCAUGGAUAGAGUUCUGGUUGAGUAUGACCUUGAAAACAGUGAACAGGACAACAUUAGGAUAUCUAGCACCGAUAGGAUAGAACAGAGUGCUGUUCCACAAUGUAUGGCCUGGUAUCCACCAAUCACAAAGGAGCAUUUCAUAGUCACAGCCAAUGACCAGUUUAAAUUCAAGCUCUACAACGCCACAACCAAAAUGUGCAGGAAGACGUUACUAGGUCCAACCUAUGGCAGUCCAAUCCAAAAACUGAGCGUACUGCCGACCAAAGAUCCGGCGAGAGACAAGCGUUACGUAGUGUACAUCACUAAGUACAAGGUUGGACUACACAUCCUACCAUUAGAUGGCAACCCACACAACGCCAUGGCUCUUAUAGCUCACCCUGCAGAGGUAGCAAAUAUGGCCUGCAGUCAUGAUGGAAAAUACAUCUUCACAACUGGAGGAACGGACUCAACUGUUCACAUGUGGGAAAUCAACCUCAAAGCAUUAGAAGCACAGUCAAACCUUGGAGGUGAAGACCUUGUACCAUUCUAUGGACUACUAGAGGGUGGAAGAGAGGGAGAACUGUUUGCCGAGCUCGAAGACUAUUUCUACUAUGCACAGAUCAGAAAUAAAGGCGUAAAUGACAUGGGAAGAAGGGAGAUUACUACAAAGAUCCCACUCUCUGAAGUUCCAUUUGUCAUGAGAGCCAUGGGUUUCUAUCCCUCAGAACAAGAGAUUGAGGACAUGCUGAACGAGGUGAAAUUUAGUCGAUAUGUCGAGACUGGACAAUAUGUUGACUCCAUAGAUCUGGGAGAAUUUAUCAAAUUGUACACAAAUCAUCGUCCAGCAUUUGGUCUUGAUCCAGAGAAGUUGAUUGAAGCAUUUGACAUCCUUGGAGUAGCUACACAUAAAGGCAGUGCCAUUGAAAGGGGUGAUCUUCUCGACUAUUUACAAACUAAAGGUGAACAUAUGACAGAGUAUGAGCUGGCAGAGUACUUGACAACAUUGCUCGGUUUUAAUGCUGAAGGCGGCAGCAGUGAGCUUCAGGAGUUUGAUUCGACACAGGCUGGUGAUGUCAUCGAUCAGAAUCUUCCGCAUCAGAUCAAUGCAGACAUGUUCUCAAAGGAAGUGCUAGGAUUUUCUAUGUACAAUGAGACACCACAGAGCGAAAUGUAACAGGAUCUCUGAUUGGUGUAUGCAGAAAGGUUUAAUAAGGACAUCCCUAGUAACAGGAUCUCUGAUUGGUGUAUGCAGAAAGAUUUAAUAAGGACAUCCGAGUGAGAAAUGUUACAGGAUCUCUGAUUGAUGUAUGCAUAAACAUUCAACAAGUUCAUCCUACAGAGAAAUGAGAAAUCAUCUCUUUUAAUGUAUGCAGAAAGAAUCAAUAACCACAUCCAAGAGAGAAAUUUUAAGACCUCUGAUUGGUGCAUUAAUCUGUGUGAAAUAUCACAUCCAAGAAUGAAAUAUAAUAAUAACUCUGAUUGGUGUAUUCCAGUUAGCAAGCACAUCUGACUGUGAAAUGUAACAAAAUAUUUGAUUGGUGAAUGCAAAAGUUGUUAUAAACAAGCAAAUCCAAGAUUGACAUGUUACAAGAAAUUGAAUCCUUUUCAAGAAGAAAAUGAAACAAAAACUUUUGUAUAAAUUUUCCAAUGUUGAAUUGAUAGUUUACAAUUUAAUACAGAAUUAACUGAAAGAAAGUGGACAUUUGCAAAAUGAUGUUUCAUCAUUUUUCUCGGAAUUUAGACAAGUUUCAAAAUAGU